AUGGAUCCACCAAUGACCCCGACACCUGGCAGCGCGGCUUCUCGACCGCCUCUUGCCUCGCAUUCUAGCUCCAAAAAACGUCCCCAACUCAGCAGCGAUUACCCACACUCUGAUAACAAGGCUAGUUACGGUCCAAUGGGCGGUCGGGCCCCAGGGACUGGUCCGGUCCCCGUCUCCGAGACUACGCCAGCUGGAGAGACCCGCUCAGAACACCCCGCCGAUAGUGGUACUGGAAAAUCCUCCAAGUCCUCCAAACGCAAGAAGAAUCGCAAUCGCAAACGUCGCAAUCGGCAUCAGUCUUUCCUUACGCCUUCGCGAGAGGAAGCUCAUGACAGCGCUGAAGAGCAUUCAGGUGCUGGAGGCAUCCGAGAUUCAAUGGAGGCCGAUCGGCCAACCACGCGGGACACUUCGUUCUUCAACUUUGGGAGGAACGCAAGCAAUACAAGCUUGGAGAGUGAUGCAUUGUUGGACCAUCGGGACCAGCCUAUGAUGCGACCUCGUCGUGACAGCCGACUCGCUUCCUCACUAAGACCGACCUCAAUCCUAUCAAAUGUAUUCCGAUCGAACGACGGACAAUCCCGCAGCACCCCGAAAGCGAGUCGAAGCCAACAACAUCGUAAUGGCGAUAGCGACGAAGAAGCAAACGACCGAACUCCAUUGGUACGGAGUACCUCAGGGUACACCUCCAAUACAGCUCGCUAUGGCGCAGACUCCCGCCCCAGUAUGUUUUCAUCUCGUGCUCGCCAACCAUCCGUUCAGACCGUAUCCUCAGGAUGUUCUCCGCGAGACAAUCGCAGCCCACUUGAUUCCCCCACCAUCGAACGAGACUACGAUGUGAAUAAUCCGCCAUCAAUCCCCGGAUCUCCGAAGCUAGGACCGGAGAUGAAUUAUGAUGAUGCUGUGGUAACUGGAGCCGAUUGGGACUUUUCCUUGGCCCGGUCCUUGGAAAUGCGCAGGGACUCUCUAAACGUUCUGAACGAAACAUUGAUUGAUAUGGAUGGUAAUGGGGCACAUCCCCAUUCGGCGCCCUCUUCUCCCGGUUCGCCAUUACUUUCUCCGCACCAGGAACUACGGCGCCGCCGGACCGUGGCAUUGCCAGCAGAAGAGGAUGUCUGCUUCCCUACUGAAACAAUUUCGGAAAUUGGAGAUGAGGGAUCCAGACCACGGGAUGAGGCUGGUGAACGUCGACGCCGCAGACAUCGGCGGUGGCCCGAUCUCGGCGCGCUAGAAGAAUGGAGUCGCGAGGAGAAAGAGGAACGCAACGGGGAUCUUCGAGUUAAGAAGAUCAAUGAACCGAUGCUUAUUGAGGGCAGACUGCGCCCUCAGUACAAAGUUUGGCGACGCGAAGAGGACGAGGCACCUUACCGAUUCACAUAUUUCAACGAGGAGUUCCCAAGCACUAUUCACGCCCAAACUAUAUCCGAGCUGGUACAACCAGGAGGCAGCUUCCGCGAACUUUUUAUUCCGAACCCCCCGGAAUUAGAGGAUUCGUCCGAUGAUGAAGACUCGGACGAAGAGUCUUAUAUGGAGCCAGCAGCUGCGACUCACGCAGCUCACGCAGUUCAUCCCGUCAAUACUGGUCCACGGGUAGCGGUGCCUGUAUCGGAAGGCCACGGCCAUCAAACAAAUGUCAAUCCCAAUAUGACAGGCCCUAGUGCUCAGUUACCCAGUGAAAAGAAGACCAGCGAUCUUCUCGCCGGCAACGCUCCUCCGGUGAGAGGACCGUCACGCUUGUCUGUCAUCAGUGAAGGACAUCCCAACUCUCACCGAGAAAUAUCCCCCGCCCAGUCGAAUCUUGCCCCGAAACCCAAACCUAAACGCUAUGGGCCCCGGCCUACCUUUUGGUUAGAUGUUCUAUCUCCAACAGAUGCAGAGAUGCGUACAAUUGCCAAGGCAUUUGGAAUCCACGCACUGACGGCGGAGGAUAUCAUGAUGCAAGAAGCCCGAGAGAAAGUGGAACUAUUCCGAAGCUAUUACUUCGUCAACUAUCGGACUUUCGAGCAAGACACCAAUAGCGAGGACUAUCUUGAGCCAGUCAACAUGUAUGUCGUGGUUUUUCGCGAAGGUGUAAUCUCCUUCCAUUUCUCACAAACGCCUCACCCCGCCAAUGUGCGGCGACGCGUUCGUCAACUGAUGGAUUACCUGAUCUUGAGCUCUGACUGGAUCUCGUAUGCCCUGAUUGACGACAUUACCGAUGUUUUCGGCCCACUGAUCCAAGCAGUCGAAGACGAGGUAGAUGAGAUCGACGAGAUGAUCAUGCAGAUGCACUCAUCUAGCAAGGAAGGGUCGCCCAAUGACAAUGUGCUUCCUUCAUUCGCACCAGGAGAAAUGCUCCGGCGAGUAGGAGAAUGCCGCAAAAAGGUCAUGGGACUAUACCGGCUGCUGAGCAACAAGGCAGAUGUUGUCAAGGGCUUUGCCAAACGUUGCAACGAGCAGUGGGAGGUUGCACCCAAGUCCGAGAUUGGUCUCUACCUGGGUGAUAUUCAAGAUCACAUUAUGACGAUGACAGGCAACUUGACGUAUUACGAGAAGAUUCUCUCUCGCGCACAUUCCAAUUACCUGGCACAGAUUAACAUUUUGAUGAACGAGCGCCAGGAACAUACUGCCGAUGUCUUGGGUAAGCUGACUGUUCUUGGUACGAUCGUCCUACCGAUGAAUAUCAUUUGCGGUAUGUGGGGUAUGAACGUCAAGGUUCCUGGUCAGGAAAUUGACAACCUGAACUGGUUUUGGUGCAUUACUGGCGGACUAUUCGUAUUCGCUUUUGUUUCUGUUUGGAUUGCCAAACGUGUCUACAAAAUUGUGUAA